AUGGCUCAAAACCAAACAGAUUUGCCUUUUAUGAGUUAUGUGAGGGCUACAACCCAAGGAGAAGUUUGGGAUCACACAGACAAAAAUAAAUUUAGUCAAUUCGGCUGGAGAUCUGGUAAACGCGAUGAUGUCUAUCGGAAGGGAGUACUAGUAGGUAACUGGGUGGAAGAAAAGCUAGAUCUUACUAGCGUAAGUAAAAGAAAAUGCCUACCAUCACGGUUUUCUCACUACUAUGAAACCACCUACAAUGUCGAAUACGUUUCGAAAAAGUCCCCAGAAAUCGACCACCAAGUUCGCAAGUUAAAAAGUAGAGAUAAAUAUGCCUUUCCUGCUCAUCAACCAGAGUUAGAUCUCCCUCCUCUUAGAAACACAUAUAACACAUUUCUGACAACAUCUGGAGCUGCGUAUGUUGAUCAGUGGAAGAAAUUUGCAAAAACAGCGUAA